UGGUUUUGUAUGAAGUCAUUGAUGGAGAUAGUCAUGUAUGGGUUAAUUCCGAAUUACUUAGACUGAAAUUGCUAUAUAUGCACCGGCCUUUUAUGUCUUGAUUCCCCAUUGUUGAAUUGUCGAGAAUUUUAAUGCUUACUGGAUGGUACUUGAAGAUUAACUCGUGGUUUGAUAGUUUUUUGAUCAAUUAUGCUAGAAAGACAUGUUGGCAGUCAUUUGGAGGGGAUACCAUUUUAUCGAUCAAGAGGCGAGUUUCCAGGACCCGAUACAAGUAGGUUUGCAGGAACUAAACGAAGUAACUCUGACUCUUUUAUGGUGUCAUCAAAGGAGAAAUUUCCGCAAGUGCAACCAGAAUCACUUGAGAGCUCACAUUUGAUGAAGGUUCAGCUACUGCGACAUGGCGGGGGAGAGCGACCUUGGCUGCCAUGUGAUGAUGACAAAUCCUUUGCUAUGCAUCAAAUGAGACCAAUUUCGGCCUCUCUUAUAUCUCAAUCUUCUAGUGGCGGUAACUCCAAAUGGGAUCGAGCUAUUCCAAUGGAUCUUGGACCGACAUUACAGUAUCCUCCACGUGCUGGUCAAGUUGUACCAUUUGGGCACCAAACUCCAUCAAAUAGGUUUAAAGAUACGAAUCCUGGUCCUUCUGCCAUAUCACGAACAGCUGCUGAUGAAGGAUCUAGGACUGGAAUUAAAGGGUCUGGAAUUUUGAGUUCUAUCAAUGCAACUGGAGGUGUUUCUGAGAGACAACCUUCGGGAGUGCUCAUACGUACUGAUAAACAGAAGUCCACUCUUCACAUUUCGGAGCCAGAAUUGUCUGCUACACCCAGUCGACAAAGAAUAGAAUCGGCCAGUCGCCAAAUGACUAUAUUUUAUGGCGGUCAAGCCCAUGUUUUUGACAAAGUUCACCCCGAUAAGGCAGAUGUUAUAAUGGCCUUAGCUGGAUUGAAUGGAGGAUCUUGGUCAACAACUUACGCGCCAAAAUCUGCAUUAGGACCUCCGACUGGAGAUAAUUGUAUUCCCAGCGAUGCAGGCAUUGGUAUACCAAGGGAGUUGCACGAUAGGACAUCAGAUGGAGGGAAAUCCCACCAUGGUUUUGGCUCUGGCAGUCUUCCGGUGGGUAUCAUAACAAAAGAAUCAAAAAGCGGGGUUCAAGCAUCGGAGGUCAAUGCUGGAGGUAAAGGCAAGGCGUAAUGAUUAACUCGGCCCAGUUUGUGCUUGCUAAAUUAAUAUCUGUAGUGUGCUUCAUCAAUUACCUCCAGCGAGUUCGAAUCUUCCUUGCUCGAUUAUUUUUAAAGCUUUUCGCUUCUUUUUGUAAUUUGUAAGCACUCAAAUUAAGUAUGAGAUCCAGACAUUUGCAGUCUUGAGAGCUAGAUUUUUCUAUAUUAACAGAAUUACAUCUCGGAAUCCGCUUAGAGAAUCUGAGAUUCUUGUGACCAUUUUGAGAUAUUUAUCGUUUGAAUGAAACCUUGUGGUAGGAACUCCGUACA